AGACUGGUGAGUCACCUUGAAGUUCUGUAGUCCUAGGAGAUAAAAGAACUGGUCUAUAUUCGGAUAUUUGUUCGUUGAAGCAUCUUCUCUGUCGGUUGCACUCGCCUGGAGUAGCCCGGUGUUUUGGGAUGGGGUGGAUUUCCAUUAAGGAACCAUCUCCAGUCCGGUAGAUGGCGUUUGAAACAGAGAAGUACUAACUAACAAGCCAUCCAAUCAGGACUGUUUGCAAGACAUUUCGUAUUAAGGAGGAUGGUCAGCUCUUAUCUUAAAUCAACGCUCGGUCUAAACUCCAUGUCCAGCUUUCGUGAUGCUGACAAGAAUAGAUUCUCAUGAAAUAUUUGAAAUGAUAUAGCUUGCAAGCUUUCACGUUUGUCUCAUAGCUGAAAGAAGAUAUUCUUGGUUAGUUAAAACGGAUUACUUUUCUUGACAAUUUACACAUAAGCUAUUCCAUUCAUUCUCACCUGGAUUAAACGGAAAAAGUUAAAAUGGUGUUGCUGAAAAACGUCUCUCCACCGAGCGAAGGCGUUAGAUACGAACAGUCUGAAACUACUGUGGUCUUGGACGGCAAAGGUCUUGGACCUGGGACCUUGUACGUAGCGGAAACCCGCUUGUCGUGGUUCGAUGAGUCUGGAAAGGGCUUCUUUGUGGAAUACCCGACAAUCAGCCUCCAUGCCAUCUCACGAGACAUGAAGGCAUACCCACAGGAGCACCUGUACGUGAUGGUCAACACCAAACUGAACGAGGACAGUGAAAUGCAGGAGAAAGUUGAGCAAACCCCUGAGAAAGAAGAUGCAGGCAGCAGUGACGAUGACGACGAUGAAGAUGAUGACGAUGACUCCUCAGGCCCCGUCACAGAGAUCCGCUUUGUGCCCAGUGAUAAAACUGCCUUGGAGCCUAUGUUUUCUGCCAUGUGUGACUGCCAGGCCUUGCACCCAGACCCUGAAGACUCAGACUCAGACUUUGAGGGAGACGAGUAUGACGUGGAGGAGGCUGAGCAAGGCCAGGAGGACCUUCCCACUUUCUGCACUUAUGAAGAGGGCCUCUCCCAUCUCACCCUGGAGGGCCAAGCCACACUGGAGCGGCUGGAGGGCAUGCUAGCCGAAUCGGUAGCCAAUCAGUCCCGCAUGGCCGGAGUCAGCACUGAGGACAGCUGUGCAGGACGUGAUGAUGGGAUAGCGGCGGGCUCUGGCACUGCUGCUGAGGUUGGCCAGUUUGAGGACGCAGAUGUGGAUCACUGAUUGCAGAGAGUUUUCCUAUUUCCAGUCUACUGAAGCACUUGAUGAGGGGAAGCUGAAGAAUGACUUUUUUGACCGUAAUCCCUGUCAAGGCACUGAAUCAGUUUAGUUUAUUUGUAGCUCGUAUCUGACAUUCACCAGCUAAUUCUUUGUCCUUGGGCUCAAAGUUCCAUUGUACUUUACAUGUGUGUUACCUUUGCGUGUCCCUUACAUGUGUAGAGAAUAAUUCCAUCAGUCCUUGUAUAAAAUCUGUUGUAUAAUAAAACAUUUGUAUCCACAA